AGCUGGCCACCACAAGCUAUCGGCUGGUCGUGGCGCCAAGUGGCAGCCAAAGAGCCGCAGGCAAUGGCACGACAACAACAACAACAGUCAGCGCAGGCGCUGGCGGCGCUGGCAGCAAUCACAGCUCCAGCAGCGGUGGCAUCAAUGUGACAACAAUAACGACCACGAGUGGCAACACUCAAAUUGCUGGUGGUGGUGGUGGUGUUGCGCGCAGUGGUGGCAGCACUCAGACCCAGUCAUCGUCCAGUGGCCAAAGCAAUGGCACCACCUACAAAAUUGAAAUGCUCGACGACGAUAUCCAGAGCUUGCCCACCGAUGAUGAGGACGAUGAUCUGAUUAGCAGCGAGGGCAGCUUGUAUGACGCUGAUCUCAAUACGAUAACGGUUAACGAUGAUGUGGCCAAUCAGCUGGCGGCUGCUGGGCCAGUGGGCGUGGCAGCGGCAGCAGCCAUUGCCAGCUCGAAGAAGCGCAAGCGGCCGCACUGCUUCGAAACGAAUCCCUCGGUGCGCAAGCGUCAGCAGAAUCGCUUGCUACGCAAGCUGCGCGGCAUAAUCUACGAGUUCACUGGCCGCGUCGGCAAGCAGGCGGUGGUGCUGGUGGCGACGCCGGGCAAGCCGAACACAAGCUACAAAGUGUUUGGCGCCAAGCCGCUCGAGGAUGUGCUGCGCAAUCUGAAGAACAUUGUGAUGGACGAGCUGGACAAUGCGCUGGCGCAGCAGGCGCCGCCGCCGCCACAGGAGGAUCCGUCGCUGUUCGAGCUGCCCGGCCUGGUGAUCGAUGGCAUACCGACGCCCGUGGAGAAGAUGACGCAGGCGCAGCUGCGCGCCUUCAUACCGCUGAUGCUCAAGUAUUCGACGGGGCGUGGCAAGCCGGGCUGGGGCAGGGAGUCGACGCGACCGCCUUGGUGGCCCAAGGAGCUGCCCUGGGCGAAUGUGCGCAUGGAUGCGCGCUCCGAGGACGACAAGCAGAAGAUCAGCUGGACGCAUGCGCUGCGCAAGAUUGUGAUCAAUUGCUACAAGUAUCAUGGACGCGAGGAUCUGCUGCCCACAUUCGCCGACGAGGACGACAAGGUGAACGCGCUCAUUUCACAAUCCGGCGACGAGGACGAGGAGAUGGAGCAGCUGGUAUCCAACACGCCCACCAUACAAGCCGUGCAGAAUGUGACGCCAGCCACCGUCACCGUCAGCAGCAGCAGCAGCAGUGCCAACAGCCAAGUAAGUAGCAAACCGCAACAGGUGAAUGUGGUGAAGAUCAACAGUGCGGGCACGGUGAUCACCACGCAUACGGCGCAGAGCAACACGCCGGCGCCGACAAUCAUCCAGAGCACGAACAAUCAGCAAAUUACUACCACGGCCACCUUGCCGGCAUCCACCAAAAUCGAAAUCUGCCAAGCACCAGCGCAACAGCAGCACCACCAGCAGCAGCAGCAGCAGCAACAUCAUCAGCAGCAGCAACAGCAGCAGCAUCAUCAUACUCAGGGAUCGAAUACGGUGCACAUACAGGCAAUUGGCCAGGGACAACCACAGACCAUACAGCUGACCACGGCCAGUGGCACGGCGACGGCCACCGCUGUGCCCACCACAGCGGCUGCAGUAAGUGCCGCCGCACAAGCCGCUCAAGCUGCGCAGCAACAACAGCAGCAGCAGCAGCAGCAGCAACAACAGUCGAAUGCCGCACAAACUGUUACCGCUCAACAGAUUGCCAAUGCUCAAGUUUGCAUCGAGCCCAUAACGAUCAGUGACGUUGAUUACACCACACAGACUGUGCUCAGCCAGAAUGCCGAUGGCACCGUCUCGCUCAUACAGGUGGAUCCCAAUAAUCCGAUCAUAACACUGCCCGAUGGCACAACAGCGCAGGUGCAAGGCGUGGCAACGCUGCAUCAGGGUGAAGGCGGCGCCACUAUACAAACGGUACAAAGUCUGUCCGAUGUGAAUGGGCAUGAGAACAUGACAGUGGAUUUGACAGAUGCGCAGGAUGGACAAAUCUAUAUAACCACCGAGGAUGGUCAAGGCUAUCCGGUGUCCGUCAGCAAUGUCAUCUCAGUGCCCGUCUCCAUGUACCAAUCGGUGAUGGCAAAUAUGCAGCAGAUACAAUCGAGCGAUGGCACCAUAUGUCUAGCACCCAUGCAGGUAGAUAAUAAUACUAAUAGCAGCAGCAGCAACAGCAACACAGUCGCCAGCAGCGUAACGCGCAGCAGCAGCAACAACAACAAUAGUAGUAGUAAUAGUAGUAGCAAUCUGCAUAGCUUUGCCAUGUUGCCAACGCUGGGCAAUCGACGCAUGACAGCAGCAACAACAUUGCCGCUGCAAAGAGUCUGUGUAACAGCGCCAGCAGCAGCAGCAACAGCAACAGUUAGCAAUAAUAAUAACAACAACAAUAAUAAUAAUAUCAAAAUGCCAUUGCCCAUGCCGUCGGCUACGCCUGCGCAGCGACGUGCCAAGCGACGCAAGCUGCCCAGCAGCAACAGCAACAAGUUGCCAGAUGCCAGCAGCAGCAAUGCAACUGCAACUGUUGCUGCUGCUGCUGCUGCUGCUGCUGCCAUACGCUGUGUGGAUAGCGCUAGUUUGACCAUUGGCAACAGUUCGCAGUUGCAUUUGCAGCUGCAGCUGCCUGCCAAAACAAUAAAAUUAGAGCAAUUGGAAUAGCUGCCCGCCCAGCCACACAUAGAGCACCACCACCCACAACUAAUCUAGUCAAAAGCGGCGCUGCACACGCACACACACACACACACACGCAUACACACGCAUACACUUGCCAUUUAUACUUACAUUUAGUUACACAACAAACAAUUGUGAAUGCCAACAACACAAAUAAUACCAAAAAAAAAAAAAAAAAAC